AUGGAUCCUUCUGCUUCUUCUUCUUCUUCGAAUUCUUCAACCAUUGUAACCCUUUCUCAUGAGGAUUUUCUUCUGUUCCAUCAAAUGGACAGAGACCUCUAUAGUAUACUUGUUAAUAAUCUUUCUCGUGACCCUUUAGAGUCCAUGCAAUUGCUUUCUCUAUGGCUUUGGCUAGAAAGAGUUGGUUUUCGCAGCGUUGUGAAAAAUAUCAUGGCUUUGCCUGUUAUUUUGAUCAAUGAAAUUGCUGAUGAGUCAACUAUAUGUCUAAGUUAUCUUGUCAAUACCAACAACAACACUUGUUUGAUUCCAUCACUAUCUCCGGCUUCGGAAUCUAAUGAGAUUCCUCUUCUUCAAAGCAUAGUGAAAGAAGAAAUUACUCUGAAACUCUUUCUUGAGAAUCGCGCGACAGUGAUUCAAGGGAUAGAGAGUACAAAACAAGACAUUUGUUUAAAAGCUUUGAGUGACAUCAUGCAAGAAGCCAUGAUGAGGGACAUGGCGGAACGAAUGGUUGAGCAUAACAAUCUUUUGUUCGGUUCAUUAGGACCGGCAAAUCUGCAGUUUGGUUCGGUUGGUGGAAGUGGGAUUGCUGGUGCAAUAAUCCCACAACAGAUCUACAACAAUGGAGGAGGGUUUGUUGCGCCCGAUGACAGGACAUUGUUCGUGACAUUUUCGAAAGGGUAUCGCGUUGAAGAAUGGGAAGUUAGAAAUUUUCUUACAAUGACUUUUGGAGAUUGUAUUGAAAAUUUCAAAUUUCAAGAAACUGCAAACAAUGAACAACCACUUUUUGCUAGAAUUGUUUUUCACAAUGUGAGUACUAUUCAAAUGAUUCUGGGAGGGGCUUCUAAAGUGAAAUUUACAAUCAAUGGGAAACAUGUUUGGGCAAGAAAGUUUGUUCCAAAACGAGGUAGGAUGAUGCAAUUGCAAGAUACUUUUGGUUUUGGUAAUGCUGGAUUUGGGAUGUAG